CGCGGCCCCCCCCCCAUUCCACACAUUCCGCUUCGCACAUCUUAUCGACCGUACCGAUUCGCCGUCGCUCACGAAAGCUCAGAUUGUAAGGACAAUCACGCCGCACUCUUUUGGACUUUGCGAGUAGAAAGAGCAAGGAACGCACAACAUGAACGCGCCCGACAGAUUCGAGCUCUUCUUGCUGGACGAUGGCCAGCAGAAGGUCGAGUACAAGGAGGAGACUCGUGUGCCCAACACCGCCAUCUUCACGUUUAAUAAGGAAGACCACACACUCGGCAAUCUCCUCUCGCAGCGCCUCCUCAAGUACGAAUAUAUCGUCUUCUCCGCCUACAAAGUACCUCACCCGCUUUUCGCGACCUUCGAGCUCCGCGUCCAGACCGAUGGCUCGAUCACACCGAAGGAGGCUAUCAUUCGAUGCUGCAAGGACAUUGUCCAGGACCUGCACGUGCUGAAUAGCAGCUUCCAGACCGAGUGGCUCGGCAAGAAGAUCGUCAGCGAAGGCGAGGCAGAUAGAAUUGCGCGCGAGCGUGACGCAUUCUAAGUAGCUGCUGCGUUACUGUACAGCAAUAGCUGAAGAGGAGGACGAACAGAAGAUGGAAAGGAUCAUGCAUACCUGGCGUUCGGGAGGCAAUUGGCAUGUUGCUGAAAGAUUGGCGUUGUGUUUGGGUACGACCCGAUCUGUACAAACGCUUGCUGUACCGGAGGAUCGAUUUGGGAAUUGUAGGCGAGAGAUACCUCCAAGACGCGCAUGUAUUGCGCUGCGCAUGAAAGAAGAAGAACGAGUUAUGUCGAAUGAAGAAGCUGAACAGGCUGUUGAGCUGCUUGUCACUCACUUUCCCAGGGAAACGUUAUGGCCUGGUCCAGCUUUUUACUUUCCUCAAAGCCUGCACAAGGCUGGGUUCAGCACAAAUGGAAGCCCACAGUCUGCAC